UCGCAGUCAUCAGCGAAUUAUGAAAAUAACGUAUAGUCCUUUUCCCGCUGGCACCCAAUUGCAUGUGGAGACCUGCUUUGGGGAUCACAUAACUGGCGAUGUGGUCACCUAUGAGCAUAGCGUGAAAAUGUUAAUCCUCAACUGCUAUGCCAAAGAUAACAAUGGCAAAAAGUGCUGCAAUAGGACAAUAGUCAACUUGAACUAUUGCAAGAACUUGCAAAUUAUCAAGGAGGCCAAAAUGCCAGAUAGCUGCAACAAUACACCAGAUAGCUGCAACAAUCCACCAGUGCCGCUUAACUGCAAGCUCCUGAAUGCUCGCUUGCAGCAGUCUGUGGUGCAACGUGAGAGUUUGUUGCGCAGCCGCAGCAAGCAUGCAACGCCGCGUGCCCAUCAAUUGCUGCAUAUGCUCUCCAAGCAUUUUGGCCAGCACGAGCUCAGCUGGCAGCUGGACAAUAUAAUGGUGCUGCAACAGAUUACUAUCGCGCCGCCAUAUCGCAACUGUGACAUCAGUAGCAAACAGAAAAUGCCCAAAUUGCUGGACUUUGUGCAUCGUGUCGUUGAGCGUUUCAAUGCACAAAACAAACAAGGAGGAGGAAGAGGAGGUGCAGGCGGAGGAGGAGGCGAGCAGGCAAAGUAAACACAGCACGAACCUCUGAUAUAAACAAAAAUAAUAAUAUUCUGUUGCCUGGCAAACAUCUCUCAAUACAAACAAAACA